AGGCCUCUUAACUAAGCAUUGGGGGAAGGGUAGCAGAGGCCUCUCUCUUACACACAAGCACAUGCUUGAGAAAGCAAAGUAAGCACAGGAAAACAGACUGCACUGAGCAAAAACAAGCUUAAAUCAUAAACCUGGGAGAAAGAAACAGUUUGUUUAUAAAAUGGCUUCUGAAGACUUUUAUAGUUACACAGUGCCAGGCUCAAAUGAGAAGCACAGGAGGGCUCGUAACUGGACGGAUUCAGAGAUGAAAGCUCUUGUGUAUAUUUGGGAAGAGUAUGUGACAGAGCUAAAGAAGGCAAAACGCAAUGCUAAAAUCUACGAGACAAUGGCUAAGCAACUUUACGACUUAACUGGGGAGCAUCGACACAGAGAGGAGAUCAAGAUGAAAAUUACCAACAUGACUUUCCAAUUCAGGAAGCUGAAGUACACAGCAAAUGGUGGGAAUGGUGUACCUGACUGGCCAUACUACAAGUCUAUUGAGAGGAUCUUGUCAAAGAUACCAGAGCAUACCCAAAUGAGUCCACCGAAUCUCCCAACGUCUGGCCCCUCAACCUCCCAACUCGAAUCUUCUGUGCCCCAAUCAGCUCCACCAAGUGGGUUUCUGCCCGAGUAUACUGGUUCCUCAGAAGAUAGAGACAUCAACGAUGAGGAGGAAGGUCUAACUGAGAACUCUGAAAGUUCUUUUGAGACCAGGUCACAGCCACGCAAGAGGCGGCGACUGUCACAUGUGUCACUGCGACGAAAGAAGCUGCGUGUCCUCGACGCAAUGCUGCAGGAACAACGCAGGAUAAGCCGUGCCGUAGAAGAGGCAUGUCAUGAAGUUCGCCGCGUUAUGCAUCAGCAGAACUUCCUGCAGGUGCAGAGCCUCCAGCUUCAGGAGCGAAUGAUGAACCUUCUAGAGAAGAUGAUCCCAGCUGUUCCUCAGCCUGCCAAUUCUUGGCCCAAUCCUCCAGCCACAAAGGGUUUAGGAACACCUACAGCUGAGUGAUGGGACCAUAGAUAAGGACUUUUCUUCAUAGAGGAAGUGUGGCUAUGCUAUCCUAGAGCUCUCAAGUUAUUACAUGACCAACUAGUUAUACAAUAGCUGUACAUUUUUAGAUCUGUUUGAGCCCUGUUAGUAGUAUAUUAAUAAAAAUAUGCUGAAAAUGUUGACUAUAGUAAACUACAUAAGCAAAUAUCUAGCAUGUGAUUUGUUUGUGCCCCAAAGUUGCACAGAGAUGAUCUUUCUAUUAUGUGACUACUGUAAGUUCACAUAAUGUUUUGUUUAUAAAGAACUAUCUGAUUCAUUACAUUUCUAAAUUAGUGUUAGUUACCUAGAGUCUGGGGAAAAUGUUAAAGAAGAAAUUGCACGUCAAGUGACAUUCAUGCUGCACAUCGAUUUGCAGCGAAAAAGCAGCUAGACCUGUUUGCACCGGCAGCAACUUGCAGCAACAAAGCAGCCUGAACUCAUUCCUUUUCAGUAAAGAGUUGGUGAAUAUCUGCAAAUAUAAAAAAAAAAAACGAUGCAUGGAAAAGCAUAUUUGAGAUUGUGUGUUGCAUAUAUGACAACUGAUUGUGUGUGUGUGGACCCACACCCGCUCUCUGCACAAAUAGAUAGCCAUUAUAGCAAAGAGCAUGUGUUGAUUGACAUUCAUCUUUGAUAUAAUGCGUUUAUUUUUAACGGCAUAAAAAUUUUGACAGAGGUCAAUAUGGAAUGAAAUAGCGACAACGUCCUCAUAGUGGAUCAGGAGGUGACGAAAAGCACUGAAGAACAAAUAAGUUGAACUUUGAAAGGAGCAUCGAGCCCUGUACAAUGUGUCAUGUAAUGUCUACCAUGACAGGGUCGUCAGAGACAAUAUUUUACAGAGCUCAAGAGUUACAGCUGUCAAGUAAGUUGCAGUCCAUUAUAGCUAGCUGUAGUUUU